GCCACGCAACUGCCUUUAUUCAUGCUCAAUAGGACUCUAUAAUACUUUUCUGUACCGGGCCUACUCCUGCUGGUCCGUCUAAUACCUACAACCUCCCCGUGCUUCUAUACGCCGCAAUCCCGCUGGUCAUUCAAUCUAGUCAGCCGAAACCCCAGGACUCGUGGCCUUUCAACCGCAUUGAGGGCACAAUUAUAGCCUCAAAACCUCGACGCCGCACCCACGCUACCCACCGAGAGCGGACGGCACAUUUCCUCGAACAACUGCUCCGACGUGUAUCUCACCUGGCUCGUUCGCACGCCACGGCAUCUUCCAUGAGAUAGCGAGGGCUCUCCGGACUUCGACCGGCGUCACGUCGCCUGCGACCCUUCCUCUCCCUUCUAGAAUGCGCCUCUUCACACACUCACCCUCGCGAUGGCGGAGUGGUGCUCCGUUGGGAGCGCUGGCCUGCGGUCUGUUAUAUUCCGCAGCCCUGUUUCCUGGUGUCCUUGCGGAGAAGACGGCCGCAGAUUACUACGUUCACGAGUUACCUGGAGCCCCGGAGCCGUUGUUGAAGAUGCAUGCAGGUCACAUCGAAGUCACGCCCGAGCAUCACGGAAACAUCUUUUUCUGGCACUAUCAGAACCGGCACAUCGCGAACAAGCAAAGAACAGUAAUAUGGUUGAAUGGAGGUCCAGGCUGCAGCUCGAUGGAUGGUGCCAUGAUGGAGAUCGGCCCAUACCGAGUACGAGAAGGUGGAAAGCUGGAAUACAAUGAUGGAUCGUGGGACGAGUUUGCCAAUAUUCUUUUCGUGGAUAACCCUGUCGGAACAGGCUUCAGCUACGUGGACUCGAAUAGCUAUCUUCACGAGCUCGACGAGAUGAAGGACCAAUUCAUGAUUUUCUUGGAGAAAUGGUUUGCUCUCUUUCCAGAGUACGAGCACGAUGAUAUUUACAUCGCCGGAGAAUCGUAUGCUGGCCAACACAUUCCAUAUAUCGCCAAAGGGAUCAUCGAACGCAACAAGAACGCCAAUAAGAGACCCUGGAAGCUCGCCGGUCUGCUGAUUGGAAACGGCUGGAUCUCGCCCUUGGAUCACUACUUCUCCUACCUCCCCUUUGCGUACGAGGAAGGAUUGAUAAAGGGAGGAACCGAGUCAGCCAAACGUGUGGAAUCGCAAGUGGCCAUCUGCACGAAGCUUCUCAACGAAGGCGCCAAGGACCACGUCGACACGUCCGAGUGCGAAAAGAUCAUGAUGGACAUCCUUGACGAGACCAAAAACAAAAAAGCAGACCCCCAGCACCGAUGCUUGAACAUGUACGACAUUCGCCUCCGUGACGACGACUCUUGCGGCAUGAACUGGCCCCCAGACCUCGCCACCGUAACGCCCUACCUCCGCCGCAAAGAUGUCAUCGCCGCGCUACACAUCAACCCCGACAAGAAGACCGGCUGGCAAGAAUGCAGCGGCUCCGUCUCAGCCAACUUCCGCGCCCGCAACUCCGUCCCUAGCAUUGCAUUCCUCCCCGACAUCCUCGCCCAAGUCCCCGUCGUCCUCUUCUCCGGCGCCAAAGACCUCAUCUGCAACCACCUGGGCACCGAAUCCCUCAUCGGCAACCUCGAAUUCAACGGCGGCAAGGGCUUUGAGCUCUCCCCCGGCGUCUGGGCCCCCAAGCGCGACUGGACCUUCGAAGGCGAGCCCGCGGGCAUCUACCAGGAAGCCCGCAACCUCACCUACGUCCUCUUCUACAACUCGUCCCACAUGGUGCCCUUCGACUACCCGCGGCGCACCCGCGACAUGCUCGACCGCUUCAUGGGCGUCGACAUCGGCUCCAUCGGCGGUUCGCCCGCCGACUCGCGCAUCGACGGCGAGAAGGGCCCGCUCAUCUCCGUCGGCGGCCACCCCAACUCUACUACCGCGGCGGAGGCGGAGAAGGAGAAGCUCAAGCAGGCGACGUGGAAGGCGUACUACAAGUCUGGCGAAGUUGCGCUCGUUAUCGUCAUCAUCGCUGCUGGGCUGUGGGGCUGGUACGUGUGGCGCGACCGACGGCGGCGCGCGGCGCUGGGGUACAAGGGCCUUGGGACUGGCGGGUCGGGCGAAGGGCGGGAGAGUCUUAUGGCUGGGAUGGGCCUGGAGAGUUUUAGGCGGAGAGAUAGGGGGGAUCGGGAUGUUGAGGCGGCGGAUUUUGACGAGAGGGAGUUGGAUGAGGUGCCGAGCCCGCUACCGAGAGCAACGCCUAACGGGAGUGGGGUUGCGAAUGGGGGGGCGGAGGGGAAGGAGAGGAGGCGGUAUAGCCAGGAUGAGGAGCUGGUGGAUGAUGGGACGUUCAGUAUCGCUGGGGAGAGCAGUGAUGGGGACGCACCUGGGAGGAGUCGGGAGAAGGUGUAACACUUUCGUUGUUUGAGUGCGAAGCGAAGCGUGUGUUGGGCGAGCUUUUCUGGGAUUGUGGGUUGCAUUGGUGGCGUUUGGGUUGAAUAUAUAGGGAGGGGAUUCCCAUACUAGGUAUUAUUAAAUUAAAUGCUAUUGGUACUUACUGAGG